CAAAGAGCUCCCUCGAGCAGUAGCGAGAUCUCACCAGCACGCGAAAUCCUCCACCCGGCGAGCUCUGUAGCGCGCGCGGAUCGGCGAUGCCUGCGGCGGCGACGACGGUGGCGGCGGGGCUGGCGACGGGGCCGGGCAGCCGCGUGACGCGGUUCGCCAAGUCCACGGCGGCGUCGGUGACCCCCGUGCGCCCCGGCAAGACGCACACGCUGUCGCCGCUGGACAACGCCAUGGAGCGCCACACGGUGCACGUGGUGCUCUACUGCCGCGCCGCGCCGGGCCUGGACCGGGAGCAGCUUAAGGAGUCGCUCUCCGAGGUGCUCUCGCUGUACCCGGCCAUGACCGGCCGGCUCACUCGCCGCGAGGGCGGCGAGGGGGCCCCCGCUGACGGCGAGCCGUCGCAGCGCGGGUGGGUCGUCAAGUGCAACGACGCCGGCGUUCGCAUGGUGGACGCCAGGGCGGCGGCCACGCUCGACGAGUGGCUCGCCACGGCGACCGGCGACGAGGAGAUGGAUCUCCUCUACUACGAGCCCAUGGGCCCCGAGCCUUACAUCUGGUCGCCGUUCUACGUGCAGCUGACGGAGUUCGCGGACAAGUCGUACGCGCUGGGGCUGAGCUGCACCCACAUCCACAACGACCCCACCGCCGCCGCGCUCUUCUUCCAGGCGUGGGCCGCCGCUCACCGCCGGACCACCAGCACCUACCCUCCAUUCCUCCACGCGCCGGCGUUCGAGGUCUCCCCGCCCUCGCUGCCGCCGCCCCCGCCUCUGCUCGCCGAGAAGUCCAGCGCCGCCUCCCCGGCCAGCGCCGAUGCCGCCGCCAUGUCCUCCGCCACGUUCCACUUCCCGGCGCCCGCGGUGCGCGCGCUGCUCUCCUCCCUCGAGCCCGGGACCACCCCGUUCGCGGCGCUCGCCGCGCUGUUCUGGCUCCGGGUCACCGGCGCCGCGAACGGGGAGCGGGAGCUCACGCUGGCGCUGGACUUCCGCAAGCGGAUGUACGCGCCGCUGCCGUGGGGGUACUACGGCAGCGUCGUCCACUUCACGCGCGCGCGGGCCGACCUCGCCGCGGGGCUGCCCGCCGUCGCGGCGGCGCUAGACGCGCACGUGGCCGGCGUGCCGGAGGAGGAUCUGUGGCGCGCCGUGGAGUGGCUUUACGCGCGGCAGCAGCAGCCGGAGGGCGGCGCCGCCGGGCCGUUCCAGAUGUACGGGCCGGAGCUGACGUGCGUGGCGCUGGACCACGUGCCCAUGUACGGCGCGGAGUUCGAGGCCGGCGCGCCCCCCGCGCGCGUGUCGUGCCGCGUGGGCGGGGCCGCCGGCGAGGGGCUGGUGAUCGUCCUCCCCGCGGCCGAGGGCGGCGAGGCGCGGGACGUGGUGGUGACGCUGCCCGCGGAGGCGACGGCCAGGGUCUGCCGCGACGGCGAGGUGCUCCGGCACGGCGCCCAGGUGGUGUUCGGGACGAAGGCCGGAAAGGAGGCCUAGGCCCGGCGCCACGACGGAACAGCAAGAAGAAAUCCCCUGCUCUGCUGUUGCUUGUUUCCCUGAACUUAUCCCACGCUCUGCACUCCGUAUCUGUGCCAUUGGUUUGGUUUUGAUGUA